CGAUGGCUGCUCCGUAUUCCGCAUCCGUUGUCGACCUUUGGACUGACACGACCGUUCUCGGCCUCGGCAUACCUUCAAGCAAAAAGGAAGAUGCCCCCAAAGAAGGCCCCCGCCCAAGAAAAAAAGGUCCUUCUCGGUCGCCCGAGCAAUAACCUCAAAAUUGGCAUCGUAGGACUACCAAAUGUCGGAAAGUCUUCUUUCUUUAAUGCCCUCUCCAACACCGAUCUCGGGAAGGCUGCCAACUUCCCUUACGCCACCAUAAAUCCAGAGGAAGCACGUAUCCCAGUCCCAGACACUCGCUUCGACUGGCUAUGCGACCUCUACAAACCUGUUUCUCGGGUUCCCGCCUUCCUUACCUGUAUCGAUAUCGCCGGACUGACAGCCGGUGCUUCCACGGGCGCUGGUCUCGGAAAUGCAUUUUUGUCACACGUCCGUGCUGUCGAUGGCAUCUUCCAAGUCGUACGGGCCUUCGAUGAUGCCGAAGUCAUCCAUGUGGAGGGUGAUGUGAAUCCUAUCCGAGACAUGGAAAUCAUCCAGACCGAACUGCGCCUAAAAGACAUAGAUUGGGUCGAGAAGCAACUAGAUGCCCUCAAGCGAGGCGGUCGUGCUUUGGGAAACAACAGCUUAGCAGAUAAAGCUAAGAAAGAGGAAAUUGCAACCGUAGAGAAGGUUUUAAAGACGUUGACUGUCGACUGCAAGGACAUCCGCAAAGGUGAAUGGACGAACAAAGAGAUCGAAGUUGUAAACGGUCUCUCUCUCCUCACUGCCAAGCCGGUGACCUACCUCGUCAACUUGAGCGAAAAGGAUUACGCGCGGAAGAAGAACAAAUGGUUACCAAAGAUAAAGGCUUGGAUUGAUACCAACAAUCCCGGUGAUGCUUUGAUACCUUUCUCAGUCGCUCUUGAAGAGCGCCUGUCUUCACUUAGCGACGAAGAAAAGGCUGAAGCACAAAAGGAAGGUGCCCAGAGUGCGCUAGGCAAGAUCACUCAGGCGGGUUAUGCUAGCCUGGAUUUAAUCAGGUAUUUCACCUGCGGUCCCGAUGAAGUUCGCGCUUGGACUAUCCGUAGGGGAACCAAGGCGCCCCAAGCAGCUGGAGUCAUUCAUUCCGAUUUCGAGAACAAAUUUGUUUGUGGUGAGAUCAUGACGUAUGCUGAUCUCAAGGAAUACGGCAGCGAAGCCGCCGUCAAGGCUGCUGGAAAAUUGAGGCAGCAAGGCAAACCAUAUGAGAUGGUGGACGGAGAUAUCGCCUACUGGAAGGCUGGUGCUUAAAUACGCCGAACUUUGUAUAGAAGUAAAGCUGAAGGCUGAUGUAUGAAGUUUGCAAGUGUAAGAAACUGAACUCAUCCUUGUGCACUCCUUCCCAAAAUCAGGCAAAGACAAUCUAUCAAGAUUAAGACGUGCAAUAUUUAUGCAUAAGCUGUGAGGGAGUGCCGCAUUCUUAACGAUCACCACUUUCCUCCCUAAUACACUCGUUCUCUGAACCG